AUGUCGCCAAAAGAUGAUCGAAACAUAUCGAGACGUCGGAGGAUGAUGGUCAGAGCAAAUCGAAACGUCACCGAAAAAUGGCCAGAGCAGGUUGGAACAUCAUCAGUAGAUGGCAGAGCAGAUCAGAAUCUCGUCGAAGGAUGGUCAGAACAGAGGAUGGUUAGGAAUAGAUUAGGAUGUCACAGGAGGAUGAUUGAAAGGUCACCAGAGGACAACCAGGGUAGGUCGGAAUGUCGUCAAAAAAAGACCAAAAAGUUGUCGAAGGAUACCUGGUGGUCCAUAGAGGAUGGCCAAGAGGUGAUCGGAACAUCGCCCGAGGGCAACUAG